CUUGCGGAGCUGUCAAAAUGAAUAGCGAAUUACCGAAUUAGCGACUAGCGAGUAGAAUUACAACACGUCAGUUCUUUUAUCUUUAUUAAAGAAGAACUUAUUAAAUAAUCACAUUUAUAACAUAAUUUUUACAUACAUAAACUUGUAUCGAUAUCGUAUUUUAAUCGUUAGUCUAAGUUCGAGUUUUAAAGUGGAUUAUCUAGUUCGGGUUGGUGCAAAAUGGAAAUUAAGCAGAGGAUAAUAUAUGAAUUAUGUACUUUAUUAGUCGGCAUUUCUUCCAUUUCGUGUAGUGUACAACCUCCAACAAUGAAUCCCGGUCUCAUGACACCAUCGAAGUCAAUUGGUGAGUGCCAAUCUUGCAGACUAUUUAUCGAUUCAUUCAAGAAUGGUCUAGAGAGAACCUCCAGAGGGAAUUACGAGGGCGGCGAUGCUGCUUGGGAAGAAGAAAAAUUAAAAAAGUCGUACAAGCGUAGUGAAAUUCGACUAGUCGAUAUACAAGAAAAUAUAUGCAAGGAGGAGUCUAAAUAUUCAAAUCAGUGUCACCUUAUGGCUGAACAAGCUGAAGAGUACAUAGAGGAAUGGUGGGCUCAAGAUCCCGAUGAAUCAACAGAUUUAUAUACUUAUAUUUGUAUACAGAAAUUGCAAGUAUGCUGUCCGAAGCAUCAUUAUGGCAAAGAUUGCAUGCCUUGCAUCGGAAAUCAUGAUAACCUUUGCAGUGGUAACGGAAAGUGUAGAGGUGAUGGAACUAGAAAAGGCAAUGGGACAUGUUUAUGUGACCCAGAAUAUACCGGCACCAACUGUGAGCAAUGUGCUUUAGGUUAUUUUGAAUUGGAACUAGAAGACAAAAAGGUUAAAAAAUGUUUUCAAUGUCACAGAUCCUGUCUAGGAGGCUGUCGACAGGCAACUCAGAGAGAUUGUGUAGCUUGUAAACCAGGAUACCUCCUUGAUCCCAAAGAAGGCUGUGUUGAUAUAAAUGAAUGUAGAGAUGAUAAGAUAUGUACAGAGGAUCAGUUCUGUUUAAAUUCUAUGGGAUCAUAUGCAUGUGUCGACUGUGAUAGAUCAUGCAAAGGCUGCUUUGGAGAUGGACCGGAUACUUGUGUAAAAUGUGCUAAAGGUUAUUUGUUGAAAGAUGAAGUUUGUAUAUCUGAUGUGGAACAAGAGGAACCGUCACAGAGAUUGACGAGUGCCAGAAAAGAAGAAUUAUAAGCUUGAGUGUGAUCAUUGUUUAAAUAUAGGUACAUGACCUAUGUGGGACUGAUUAUAACAACUGGAAUAUUGUUACCAAAGUCAACCCCUUUGGGUGGCCUGGUUGGGAUCUUAGUGUUAUCCUACAUCAUGGGAUCAGAAUACUACUGCAUGAUAAAUGGACAUACAGGGCUAGUGAAUCUUAAGGAGUAUGACUUAUUUCAUCUGUUUCGACUGUAAUCUUCAUAUUAAUUUAUAUAGAAAAUGUAUGAAUUAUAUGAUAUGCAUUUUUGUUUUAUC